AUCGGCUGCUCAUGGGAGUUGUAGUAAAACACCACAGCGACACACGGCGCGAGAGAGAGGUUUGCAGAAAUGAAAAAAGAGGCCUCAGUCUGUCUGCUUACAAAUUAUGUAAGGGUUUAUUGGUCGUAUAGCAAUACAGAAAACGCAGAAAAUAAAUUUUAAUUGGAUCUGUUCAUAAACUUGUUCUUUUUUUCCAAGCAACUGUGAACACAUAGAACUAGAUCCAUUUGUAAACCUGAGUCUAUAGAUCUAUGGUGUGAACAGCAGCUGCUUGAACCAUUCUGGCACAGAGUUGGCCAUCUUCACUUCGAGGAUCUUUGGCAGAGGACGUGGCUGGGGAGACGUGGCGUUGCGUAUCGUGCGUACCGUGCGUACGUAACACACGUAAACCGCUAGCUCUGCCUUCGCAGCAGCUACAGCAUCAACAGUUUAGCCAUUAAAGCCGUUUUCUAGUUUUUACGGGCCAUAUUUGAUUCAGAAACAUUGUCCUGGUCCGCUGCCAAAAUGAUUUCACUCACGGACUCGCAAAAAAUUGGGAUGGGGUUGACAGGGUUUGGUGUAUUCUUCCUCUUCUUUGGGAUGAUGCUGUUUUUUGAUAAAGCUCUUCUAGCUAUUGGAAAUAUCCUGUUUGUCUCAGGCCUUUCCUUUGUCAUUGGUCUGGAGCGGACCUUCAGAUUCUUUUUCCAGAGACACAAAGCGAAAGCCACUAGUUUCUUCCUGGGAGGAGUGUUUGUGGUGCUGAUUGGCUGGCCCAUUGUUGGCGUAGUACUGGAGAUAUACGGUUUCUUUCUCUUGUUUAGGGGAUUCUUCCCGGUGGCUGUGGGCUUUAUCAGACGAAUCCCUGUUCUUGGAUCUCUGCUUAGUUUACCAGGAAUACGCUCUCUCGUUGACAAGAUUGGAGAGAGCAAUGCCAUGGUAUAACAGCUGCCUUAUUUUUGAGGAUUUUUCAAACUGGGACCUUAAACUUUGGUCAUUGCCACUCAGUUAAAAGAGCACAGAAGAUGUUGAAAAAUAUUAAUUCAGAGACAUUUGAUAAGUAUUUUGGCUUCUUCUGUGAAAGGAGAGUUCUACGCUUUGCCACUGGAUAACAUCAUACAUUUUUAUUUUGAAAGACUGGAAACAUGCUUUUGUUUCAUUCCAGUUUGUUGUUAUUUAAAGACUGCUGCCCAUGGACCACUGGGUGAACUGUUACAGUACGCACUCCCCAAUGGACUGGCUCACUCUGUCUGUUGUUACUAAAAUAAUGUAUAAAAUAAAAUAACAAGCUAAAUGUUGCUUGAGCAUAAAAUACAUAGGAGGUCAAGUUGAACAUUUUACUGUAACUUUUGUAAAUACAUACUUGGAAUAAAGUGUGUGAACUUUUUA